AUGGCGACGUUUGGCGGCAGUGGAAAUCGUGUUGAUAACUUCGAUGGAAAAAAUAAGUCUCCUCUCGUUACACCACAGAAAGUUCGUCAGCUUCUGAAUGAAGUAGUCGUGUCCGAGGACAAGAGACGGAAUUGUGUGGAGCAGGAAGCCGAACAAGUGGCUCCCAACGGCCUUGUCGAUGUUCCCUGUGAAGCUGUGAGCAAAGAAGCAUUUUUCUCACGAGUGGAGUCAUAUUCAUGUUUAAAAUGGGCUGGAAAGCCAUCUGUUCUCUCCCCCUUGAGAUGUGCAAGGUAUGGCUGGAUCAACAUAGAUUGUGACAUGUUAAAGUGCUCAUGUUGCCAGGCCUUCCUCUGUGCAUCUCUCCAGGCUUCUCAGGACAUCCAGAAAUAUGAAGGACGCAUACUGGAGUUGACAAAACUACUACAGACGCAACAUGAAAAGUUUUGCUUCUGGCCAGAUUUUCCAUGUCCAGACCGGUUCUGGAUGGUUCCAGUCAAUGAGCCAGGAGUGCUUUUAAGUGCCUUUCUGGAGCGCUUCAAGAGCUCCUGCCAGCUGGAGCUUCAGCUUCCAGCCAUGAAGCCAGAACAUCUAAAAGACAUGUGUGUGACGGAGGAAGUCAUUGGCGUGCUCCUGCAGCUCAUUGAGGAAGAGCUGAGGAAGGAGAGUCGGUCACCUGCCAAGAUGAUGUCUGAGCCCUUGUCUGUACAGGUGGCCGCCUGCAUUGUGGCCCUCUGUGGCUGGGCUGCCAGCCCCACCCUGAACUCCCUGCACCUCCCUGUCCUCACCUGCUCCUACUGCCAGCGCAAGGUGGGACUUUGGAGCUUCCACCAAAUUGAGGGUAUGGCUGGGGAUGUAGAGUGUGCUCUCAGCGCACCGUCCACCCCGGUGUCCGGGCAGGAGGGGCGAGCGGACAGGCUGACGCCCGCCUCGCCCUCGCCGUGCCGCAUGAAACUCCGCAGUCAGGAUGCCACACGCUCCGAACAGACCGAGCCCAGUCCGUCCCCUGUGGUGGUCCGCACCCGCAGCAGGGACUCCCCCAGCCCCAUCGAGGAGUCACCCAGCCCCCUCCAGAGGGGAAAGCGCCCUGUGACCCGCAGCCGAGGGCAGGGGGAGGCGACGGGUGGGGAGGUGCCCUCCAGCCCCCAGCGGAAGGCCAAGCGCCCUCGCCUCUCCUCCACUGGCAGCCAGGAAGCCCCCAUGCACAGGAAUGUGUUUGACCCCGUGGCCCAGCACAGAGACUGGUGCCCCUGGGUCAGUGUGGGGAAGGAGGGCGCUCUCAACAUGCCUGCUGAACCCCAGAGUCCGCCUCCCGACACAGACAGCCCCCAGCCAGGCUGGAAGGCCGCGCUCAAUCUCUUCCUGUCCAUGAAGAAGUGUCUCAGCCCAACAGGGGCCAGCCCCUCUCAGGGUCUUCAUGAUAAGUCAAAGAGGGUGUUUAAGAUAUUUCGACAGUGGCAAGUGUCUUCCUCUCAGUAGAUCUCCCCCUGUGAUUCAGUGUCACCGCGUCUGCCGUUGAUGUAAUCCUUUUGGUGUUUUUACUUGGAGUUGGAGCUCCGCCUCUGACGGUGGAUUCGUAGUGUGUUUGUGCACGGGGGAGAGCCUUGUUUACUGUGGGGUGGGGGUGGGGGGGGAGACGGAGGUGAAAAUCGACCCGGAGCAGCCUGUGGAGGUGGGUGUUUCCGGAAGAAGAGGAGAGCGGUGUCAUUAUCUCAUUACCGGCGUGUCGGAGCAGAAGCUCUGAAUGGACACUCACUCACUGCCUAAGAGAUUUGUUGCUGUCGGUACAGCCUGCUACACGCAGAGCCACCGCAGGCGCGGUACGGGAACGGCGGAUGUGGUGCAGCCCAUCACCGUUACCUCGCAUGCGGGGCAGCUUGAUUGUCCUGUAUACGAGUUCUGUCCUGUGCCUGGGGCAGACAGCUUGUCUGCCAAGAAGCAGUCCGGUCUGGAGGACAAAGACUUUAACAAUACUUACAAGAAAACAACCACGGACUUACACUGAACGAAAGGUUUUGGCUGAUAUGUGACUUACAGUGACAUAAUAAGAACUGCAAUCUUUGAAAGACAACUUGGUACAUGGCAAAGUCGGGGAAUGCGCACAUUGACUUCAGACAUACUCUGAACUAUUUUUUUUCCUCCAGAAUAUUGAGACGUUUUACUGCUGUUUCAACAAAGGGAGAAAUGUUCUUUUGGAGAUUUUAAGUGCUCAAGAAUGUCAGAUUUG